AUGCCGAAAGUCGUGUCCCGGUCGGUGGUUUGCUCCGACACCCGGGACCGCGAGGAAUAUGACGGCGAGAAGCCCCUCCACGUUUACUACUGUUUGUGCGGCCAGAUGGUCCUGGUGCUGGAUUGUCAGUUAGAGAAAUUGCCCAUGAGACCCCGGGACCGGUCUCGCGUGAUUGAUGCUGCCAAACAUGCUCAUAAGUUUUGUAACACAGAAGAUGAGGAGACUACCUAUCUUCGGAGGCCUGAGGGCAUUGAACGUCAGUACAGAAAGAAGUGUGCAAAGUGUGGGCUGCCGCUCUUCUACCAGUCCCAGCCAAAGAAUGCUCCUGUGACCUUCAUCGUGGAUGGAGCCGUAGUGAAAUUUGGCCAAGGCUUUGGGAAAACCAAUAUAUAUACCCAGAAGCAGGAGCCUCCUAAGAAGGUUAUGAUGACCAAACGGACUAAAGACAUGGGCAAGUUCAGCUCUGUUACUGUGUCUACCAUUGAUGAAGAAGAAGAAGAGAUAGAGGCUCGGGAAGUUGCUGACUCCUAUGCACAGAAUGCCAAAGUGAUUGAAAAACAUCUGGAGCGCAAAGGCAUGAGCAAGAGGCGACUGCAAGAGCUGGCUGAAUUGGAAGCCAAGAAAGCAAAAAUGAAGGGGACCCUGAUCGACAACCAGUUCAAAUAAUCUGGAUCUUUUUGUGUUCAGACUGGAGGCUAGCACUUAGAUCAAGAUGAAAUAGCUUCUUGAUUUCAUGGUCUAGUUUCUAUGUCCCAGGAAAAGAUUGUCUGACCAUCCCAUUGAUUUUUCCUACAUUGUUCUUCUUUUCUUUCAUUGAAGUCCUUGACUCCAUUUCACUUGCUUUCUGGGUGGCAGAUUGUUUUCAAAAUCUUUGUAUAGGCCGGGCGAUGGUGGCACACACCUUUAAUCCCAGCACUCGGGAGG